AUGACGGAGGUCACCAACGAGAACCUGCAGGUCCUGUUGACCAAACUCAUGACGGACCGCUUCUGCUCCGGCGAGUCGAGCGACCUCGACGCGUGCAUCCAAAACUUCGUGCCACAGGCCACGGACAAUAGUUGGGUCGACCAGAGCCUGCAGCGCCGUGGUCUGCGGAAGUGCCAGCCGUACCAGGAAGUAGCAAGGCGCUGCCUCGACGAUGAGAAAAAACACGCAGCAGUGUUCAAAGCAGCCGCAAGCGCGCCAGUGUGCAAGGACGAGAUGAAGGUGCUGAAUCAGUGCCGCCGCAUGCGGGGACGCGACUGCGAGCAGGAGGCGCUGGAGAUGCUCUACUGCGGCAUGGUCUACCUUGUGCAGCGGCAGAGGGAAAAGCGGUAG